UUGACUUCAAAAUUCAUAAAUGUUGUUUCGGUUAUUCAAAAUUUUUUCAAAAUUCAUCCCCACGCCAGAUUUUGUUGCCAGCGGAGGGCACUCCUCUCCCUUGCAUCUGUGCCAAGAUGUCGUUACUUUGCUUGCAAGGGCAAAAAGAAGAGUGAACCUCGGCUGGACCGGGGACCCUAUGCCUCCCAGCUGGACUAUCAGUCGCGCCUGCAGUUCGCCACUCCUGCUCUAAGUGUGCCCCUCAGCAGCAUCAUCUGCACAAUCGGACCAUCGUCCACCUGCCCGGAAAUGCUGUUGGAGCUCAUUCGAGCGGGGAUGCGGGUGGUCCGCUUAAACUUCUCCCAUGGCUCCCACGAGUACCACUGCCAGACGAUACGCGCCGCUCGGCAGGCCAUUGAAAUGUUCGUGGAGCAAACGGGUCUUCCGAGGGCCGUGGCCAUCGCCUUGGACACCAAGGGUCCGGAAAUCAGAACGGGCAAGCUGGCGGGCGGCAGUGAAAUCGAGCUCCGGCCUGGAGAAACCAUCGCACUGAGCACCAAAAAAGAGCUCGAGGAAAAGGGCACCAAGGAGAGACUCUACGUGGACUACGAACGGUUGCCGGCAAUCGUGAAACCCGGAAACAGGAUCUUUGUCGACGACGGACUAAUCGCACUGGUGGUAAAGGAGUCCAAGGGUGACGAGGUGGUCUGCCAGGUGGAGAACGGCGGGAAGCUGGGCUCCAGCAAGGGAGUCAACCUGCCGGGCAUUCCGGUGGACCUGCCCGCCAUCACCGAGCAGGACAAGCGGGACCUAAAGUUCGGGGCGGAGCAAAAAGUGGACAUGGUCUUCGCCUCCUUCAUCCGCAACGCAAAAGCGGUGGCGGAGGUCCGUCAGGCGCUCGGACCAUCGGCCAAGCACAUCAAGAUCAUCUCGAAGAUCGAGAACCAGCAGGGCUUGGCCAACAUAGACGAGAUCAUCCGCGAGUCGGACGGCAUAAUGGUGGCCCGCGGGGACAUGGGCAUCGAGAUCCCAACGGAGGACGUGCCACUGGCCCAGAAGUCCAUCGUGGCCAAGUGCAACAAGGUGGGCAAGCCGGUGAUCUGCGCCACUCAGAUGCUCGAGUCCAUGGUAAAGAAGCCUCGUCCCACCCGUGCCGAGGCCUCCGACGUGGCCAACGCAGUCUUCGACGGCUGCGACGCCGUGAUGCUGUCCGGCGAAACGGCCAAGGGAAAGUACCCAGUGGAGUGCGUGCGGUGCAUGGCCAGGAUCUGCGCCAAGGUCGAGGCGGUGCUUUGGUACGAGAGCCUGCAGAACAGCCUCAAGCGGGAGAUUCGCACCACUGCCGCCGAUCACAUCUCGGCGAUUACCACAGCGAUCGCAGAGGCGGCCACUGUGGCCCAGGCCAAGGCCAUCGUGGUGGCCAGCCCCUGCGCCAUGGUCGCCCAGAUGGUCAGCCACAUGCGACCGCCGUGUCCCAUCGUGAUGCUCUCUGGCUGCCAGUGCGAGGCGGCCCAGACCCUCGUAUUCCGCGGAGUUUACCCACUGCUCGUCGAUGAGAUGGUCGACGGGAGCUUCAACUUUCGACGCAUCAUGCAGUCGGGCCUCAAGCUGAUGGCCAAGUUGGACAUCCUGGAGCCUGGCAAGCAGGGAUCGGUGGUGCUGGUGAAUGCCAUGUCUGCCGACAAGAUCAUCUUCCGGCUGAUCACCUUCCGGCAGCCGACCGUCGAAGAACGAGAUCAGGAGGAGCGCUGCCGCCAACUGGCACUGGAACAGCGCUGCAAGGAGAAAGCUCUCAAGGAGUCCUGCCAAAAACUGAAGAGAGAGGAGGAGUGUCGCAAACUGCAGAAAGCGGAGGAGUGCCGCAGACUGCGAGAAGCGGAGAAGUGCGAGCAGAUGAGCCAGGCCGAUAAGUGUAGAGAAUUUAAUGAAAAUCAAACCGUCUGUCCAAAGAUAGACGAUGAGUCUGCAAAAUGCAACCAAAUAGGUGAAGAUUCGAAGUGUAAACUAUCCGAAGAGAACCAAACUAGGGAAGAAUUUGAAAAGUACUGUCAGUUCGCCAAAGAUCAGAGAGAGAAGCUGGAAGCUAAUAAAUGCACGGAACUAGAUGAUGCUAAAAAAUGUAAAAGGCUUAAGGAAGCUGAAAAGUGCAAGAAAUUGCAGGAAGCUGAAAAGUGCAAGAAAUUGCAGGAAGCUGAAAAGUGCAAGAAAUUGCAGGAAGCUGAAAAAUGCAAAAAGAUUGAAGAAGCUGAAAAUUGCAAGAAGUUAACGGAAACUCCAAAAGAUGCGGAUUGUUGCAAUAUACAGGAAGAAGAAGAGAAAGCCAAGUUAGCCGAAGAGCAGAAAAAGAAUGAGGCGGAACUUAAGAUUAUCGAGGAGGAAGUCGCUAAACUGGAAGCCGCGGCAAAAGCCGAGCGAAUGGAGAAGGACAAAAAAAAGGAAGCGGAAAUCAAGAAUUGCAAAGAGUAUUGUGAGGCCAAAAAAAUGAAAAAACAGGAUGAAGAGUGCAAAAGAGAGGAGAAAAGGAGAAAAUUGGCUGAACUGGAGGAAAGAUGGAAGGAGGUUGAAGCUAAGAGAAAGCAGAUAGAAGAAGCUAAGUUUUGCAAGAAAAUGGCGGAUGAAAAGGAAAAAGCCAAAGCAGAAGCGGACGACAAGAUUUUAAAUGCUGUUUGCAAAAAACUAAAAGAAUCUCACUUGGAUCCUAAUUGCAAGUCCAACGGAAAGAAAUAGGCAACGGUUUCUUAAUAGUUGUUUAGGCUGCAGGAAAUCAAAUUUAAUAGAUUAAAAAUAAAUUUAUUCGACCGCUUCAUUUCAAAUUCAAAA